GUAAUUCACGUGUAUGUGACAGCACAAUAUUUACAAGCAAAUAAUAUGCCGAUAUCAAAAUCCACACGUUACGGUCUAGUUUCAACUUUGUGAAUAAUGUUUAUUUAAUUCCAUUUAAUAAAAUGAGCGUUAAACCGAAGACAAAUAUUGCGUAUUUAUUCCAAAAUGCAAAAGACAAUGGAACCUACUUGAAAGUAUGUGCCCCAAUGGUUCGAUAUUCAAAGUUAGAAUUCAGACGACUUGUCCGAAUGUAUGGAACUGAUUUAUGUUUUACGCCAAUGAUAAUGACCGAUUCAUUCUGCAGAUCGGAGAAGGCAAGACAAGUGGAAUUUUCUACUGCUUCUGAUGACACUCCAUUAAUAGCACAAUUUGCGGCCAAUCAAAUUCACGAGUACUUGUCUUCUGUGGAAAUGAUUUUUCCAUAUGUCGAUGGAAUCGAUUUGAAUUGUGGCUGCCCUCAAAGGUGGGCAAUGCAAGAAGGGUUAGGAUGUGCACUACUAAAAGAUCCAGAGCUCGUGAAAGAUUUGACAUCGACAAUUCGACGAAAUUUUCCAUCUGAUUUUAGUGUUUCUGUUAAGAUACGAGUUCAAAAGCCAUUGGCACAAACGAUCAGUUUGUGCCAACAAUUGGAAAAAUGUGGAGUCACUUUUUUAACGAUUCAUGGUCGAACCUCGUCUCAAAAAAUUGCCGAACCAUCAAAUAACGAAUUUUUGCGCGAAGUAAAGCAAUCAAUAUCGGUGCCGUUGAUUGCAAAUGGUGACUGUAAAUCUCUAGAAGACGCAGAUAAAAUGCACAGAAUAAUUGGUUGUGAUGGUGUUAUGGCAGCUCGAGGUAUUUUAGCGAAUCCAACGCUUUUUUCUGGAAAAUACAAAACAACGCCAAUCGAAUGUGUUCAACAUUGGACGGAUAUUUGUUAUGCUGCCGAUCACAACAUUGCGUUCAAUAACUUUCAACAUCAUUACGCAUUUAUGAUGGAAAAAUUGAUACCACGUCGAAAACGUGCAAUAUUUAAUUCACUUCAACGAAAAGAACACAUCUUUGACUUUUUGGAUACAGAAUUUGACCUGCGACCUGAAAAGAUUGACCUUCCGGAAAAUAUCACAUGUUCUUAUGAUGAAACUAAGUUUAGCAACAGGCUUAAUCAGAUAAAUAUACGUGAAUCUAAGCUAGAGAAUGAAAAGUAUAGCUCUGAGAGUACACCUGGCAAAUUUUUUCUGGAAAAGGCCAAAGAGGACCUUGAAAAUAGCGACGAAGAGGAAUUUUUGCAAACAAAUAUGUUCGAUAUAAUUUAAUAUAAGUUUACCAAUUAAUCCAACGGUCAAUCGUGACACAUUAAAGGUUCCAACAACAUUUGUCUGUGGAUUUCAACAAUAUUUUUUCAUUAAAAAAAAAAAGUCAUUUUUCUGACAUAAAUUCAAUACAUUCAUACGUACCUUCAAUAUUUUUAUAAAAUCCUCAUUACGUAUUGGCUUUUUUGUAUUAAAAUUGUAUGUCAUGUAGGAAUUCAUUCGGCCGGCAAAAUUAACUAGUACAUUUAGUUUGCCAUAAUUUUUGGAAAUUUCCGAUAGCACACGUUGGACAUCUUCUUCGGCUGGUAUGUAAUGAGCAUUUUCACCCAAUUCUUUCGCUACGUUCCCACCAUUUGAUGUUUGUAAGUCACAAAACACCACUUUUGAGCCAUUGUUAACGAAUCGGUGACCGUUGCUUUGCCAAGACCUGAUGCUCCACCAGUCGCGAACAACAACAAGACAUUCAACAGCAAGAAACUGAUCAACAACAUUCAUCUGAUAUGAAU